UGAAAUUUACAUGGAAAGGAUUCCAAGUUAAUAAAUAAAUUUAAAAAAACCAUCUCAAAAACGGGGGGUCCUUAAUUAACAUUCUAUGUUGUCGGUAAAAUCAUUUGUGUCGUCUCUCAUUCGUGAGGUAGCGAGUAGUAAACCUGGUUAAGUGACUGAAUUUAUAAGUAACGUCAUAGUAAUGAUUCACGUUUCGCAAAGUCAGUUAUUUCGCUAUUUUAGGAAUCUAUGAAUCUCUGAAAUGGACCAAGUCAUAAUGAGACAAAGCAAGAAAAUCAUAUUUUCAAAACUUAGCCACUUCAAAGUCACUGCAAAAUUUCAAAAUAGUAAUUUUACCCUCCAGUGUUUCGUUACGCUAACGUUAUUAACUUCAGCCUCAUGAAUGAAAUGCCUACAUGUUUUAAUUUCCGAUUUAUUUACGACCUAUUGUCUACGUGUUGGAUCGCGGCCUGUUCAACCGUUUGGGCUUAAAUUUGCGCGCCGCCCGCAAAGCGCCAGAAUUUGUUCCAAUUGGAGUGGCGACAACUCGCUUUGCCCGUCCACUCCCAGCGUCAGCAAACUACCCGUUGAAUAAUACAUGCAUUGCACCGAAAACAUCUGCAGGUGGAAGCUCGCUGCCGAUUACUGAUACCUACGAUACGCCAAGAUGAAGACCUUCAACGUCCUGACAACUUUUCUUUUCACUGGGAUUUUGUGCCUGACCUUCGGACAAAGAAAUGAUUCAACGGCGAGUAUCGUAUAUAGAAAUGCACUACAGGUCGUGAGAGAUGUGGUUAUGAUGGUGACUAAUGAAAGCAUGAUCAAAGACCUCGGACUAAUCAAAAACUUCACGAAGGAAGCGUGCUCAACGAAUGGUCAAACCUGGAAGGAAGAAGAAGCAACGAGCAGCCUAGAAAACGCCACAAAAUGUAUCAACGAUGUAUUGAAGUCGAAUAUGAAUACCGCCCGCGAAACGUACAAAGGCAGUUCCCUACUGGAUACUAGUAUUGAGUACUACGUAAGAAGUUAUUGUCCAAGCAGAAUAACUCUCGAAAGAUGUAUGAAAGAAUAUUCCAAGUCCUUCGAGCAUUGCGUGGAUUCGCAACAACUCAAAACUAUCGAGAUAAUCGGUAAAUUUUCAACAUCCACGCUCGAAUUCGUCUGCGAGAAUGACGCCAAGAUGUUUAAGGAUUUGAGUAUCAAUGGAGGCGGUGAAUGUUAUCAUUCGAUUAACGAUCCCGAGAAAUGUUGGCCUGCACUGACUACCGGAAUCAAUACUUUAGAAACUUACAAUUUUACUCUGGUUUGGAAUGACGCAACAUGCUCGGAACUGAAAUCCGCCUACAAUUGCAUCAUCGAAAAGAUACCGAACUGUAGGAGCCAUCAGAUAACUGUAGCUUUCGUGAGAGGUGUAUUCGACGUGUAUCUGGAAAACUUGGGCUGCAAGAAUUCAAGUAAUUCACAGACAUUACCAGUUAUUAGCAUCAACGCUCUCUUCUCGACUGCAAUCAACCUGACGAUCCGGCCAUGGAACGUUUAAAACUCUUAUUCAGAAAAAAAUAGAUUUCUAACACGCAACACAGUGUUUCGGCAAAGUAGCGAUGUAACGCUUCAAGUCGAAGUAUUGUAUCGUACUCCUUGAUCUGAUUUCACUCGCUAUUUAGAAUCGUCCUCAAACAUAUACAUACUUACUCACACUCUUAUUUUUAGUAUCAUCCAUGUAUUCUCUCGAUUGCGUCAAAGCUCAAUUGCCUUUCUGACCUCUAGCGAUACGGUUCGUAUGUGUGUGCAAAAAUACAGCAUAUCUUUUGUUCGUUAAUCAUCAAUUGUCUUCAAUCAUCAUCCCGAUACACUCACUCCUAUCCUCUACCACCAAUUCACGGACCCCACGUCAAUAGACCAGUAUCUAUCGCUAUCUCUCCAAAAACAUUGGUAUAAACGAUGUGUCGAUGACAUUUUCACUUUGGUAAAAAAGUACCACACAAUUCACUGUUUGCACUAUAAACAAGGAAUAGCUUGAUUUUCUUGGAUGUAUUUGCUAGAAUAUACGGUAUACAUAUUAUAUUGUAUGAGAGUAAGAGAAAUUCAAACAAGAGUGUAUGCCUCUUUCCGUAAUCCCCAUCUAGGUGUGUGUCGUGUGAAAAAAGAGAGAGAAACGCGGGCAUGAGAUCAGGUGUGCGCCGCGUACCUCACUUCUACUUCUACUAGCGUUAGAAAUCAUGUAUUACCGAUUGUGUCUCUAAAUUACUAUUUUUAUUCAUUAAAUAUUUCUCAAAAGUA